CACACAUCAAGGCUGACAGAGAAAAGCCAUGGCCGACAAGGUCCUGAGGGAGAAGAGGAAGCUGUUUAUCCACUCAGUGGGCACGGGUACAAUAAAUGGCUUGCUGGAUGAAUUGUUAGAGAAAAGAGUGCUGAACCAGGAGGAGAUGGAGAAAGUAAGAGCUGAAAACGCUACAGUCAUGGAUAAGGCCCGAGCUUUGAUUGACUCUGUCAUUCGGAAAGGGCCCCAGGCGUGCCAAAUUUGUAUCAGUCAUAUUUGUGAAGAUGACUGCCACCUUGCAGGGGUACUGGGGCUCUCCUCAGGUCCGCAAUCUGGAAAUUUUCCUAAAACACAGGACGCCCAAGCAGUGGUUCCUGCCUUCCCAGCUCCUCAGGCAGUGCAGGACAACCCAGCUAGGCCAAGAGGGAGCCUCAAGCUUUGUUCUCCAGAAAUAGUCCAAAAGAUAUGGAACGAAAAGUCAGCAGAGAUUUACCCAAUAAUAAGAAGGUCGUUGACCCGUACACGUCUUGCCCUGAUUAUCUGCAACACAGAGUUUGACAAUCUUUCCAGGAGAGAUGGAGCUGAAGCUGAUAUCAUAAAUAUGACGGUGCUGCUAGAAGGUCUGGGGUACAACGUGGCAGUGAAAGAAAAUCUCACCGCUUUGGGCAUGACUACAGAGCUGAAGGCAUUUGCUGCCCGCCCAGAGCACCAGACCUCUGACAGCACUUUCCUGGUGUUCAUGUCUCAUGGUAUUCGGGAUGGCAUUUGUGGGAAGAAAUUCUCUAAGAAUGUCCCAGAUAUAUUAGAAGUCAACACCAUUUUUCAAAUUUUUAACACCUGGAACUGUCCAAGUUUGAGGGACAAACCCAAGGUGAUCAUUAUCCAGGCCUGCCGUGGUGAGAAUGAAGGGGUGGUGUGGUUAAAAGACUCAGUAGAAGCUUCUGGAAAUAGCUUCUCACUGGCUCCAGAGGAUUUUGAGGAUGAUGCCAUUAGGAAAGCCCAUAUAGAGAAGGAUUUUAUUGCUUUCUGCUCUUCAACACCAGAUAAUGUUUCUUGGCGACAUCCCAGAUGGGGCUCUCUUUUUAUUUUGAAUCUCAUCGAAAAUUUGCAAGAAUAUGCCUGGUCCUGUGACCUGGAGGAAAUUUUCCGAAAGGUCCGAUUAUCAUUUGAGCCACCAGAUGGUAGGGUACAGAUGCCCACCACAGAAAGAGUGACUUUGACAAGAUGUUUCUACCUCUUUCCAGGAUAUAUGGCUGAAGACAAACGUGAGAGAAAUAUACUUAAGGCUUUGGAAUCUGUGGGCAAAGAACUCAUUACUGGCAUUUCGGUUGGCUUGGUGGAAAAAGAUGUCCUGAAAUUGAAGGAAGAUGAAAAGAAAAAAUUUUAUGAAGCCAACCCUAGAGACAAGCCCUGGGUCUUGGUGGACUCUGUGAGAGACAGACGCCAUGAAGCAGGUCAAAUGCUUCUGCAAACCUUCCUUAACACAGAGAAAAAUUCUACUAGAAGAGAAGCUUCUGCGGAAAUCAUGCCUGGACCAGUUGAGCCAACAGAAUCUACAGAUACCCUCAAGCUUUGUCCUCAUGAAACAUACCUGCAACUGUGUAAAGAAAGGGCGGAAGAGAUCUAUCCAAUAAAGGAGAAAAAGGAUCGCACUCGGCUGGCUCUCAUCAUAUGCAAUACAGAGUUUGAUCAUCUUCCUGUCAGGACUGGGGCUGACUUGGACAUCACAGGGAUGAAGGGUCUGCUUGAGGAGCUUGGCUACAGUGUGGAGGUAAAAGAGAAGCUCACAGCCAGGGAUAUGCAAUCAGUGCUGCAGGAAUUUGCUGCCCGCCAAGAUCACAGGUCUUCAGACAGCACAUUCUUAGUGUUCAUGUCUCACGGUAUCCUGGAUGGGAUCUGCGGAACGACGCAUAGUGAUGAGAAUCCAGAUGUGCUACCUUAUGACACCAUCUUCCGGAUAUUCAACAACCAAAACUGCCCCAGUCUCAAGGACAAACCUAAGGUCAUCAUUGUCCAGGCCUGCAGAGGUGCAAAUCGUGGGGAAUUGUGGGUCCGUGACUGUCUAGCAGCCUGGGCAGACAGCCCUUCAGUGUCACCUGAGAACUUGGAGGAGGACGCCGUUCAUAAGACCCACGUGGAGAAGGACUUCAUUGCUUUCUGCUCCUCAACCCCACAUAAUGUGUCCUGGAGAGACAUCACAAAGGGUUCUCUCUUCAUUACACAACUCAUCACAUGCUUCCAAAAAUAUUCUUGGCGCUGUCACCUAGAGGAAGUAUUUCGGAAGGUACAACAAUCAUUUGAAAAACCAAGUGUUAAAACCCAAAUGCCCACCAUUGAACGACAAUCCAUGUCAAGAUAUUUCUACCUCUUUCCCGGCAACUAA